UUUCCUUAUUUUUCGGCUACAGAUUAAUAUUGGAGGAAUGACACUGCUGAAAAGAUACGUACUAAGACUGUUCAUCUCAUUGAAGUACAUCACUGCAAAUGUGGUAGACAGAAACAACGGGAAAAUAGUAGUAACCGCUUCAACAGUCGAACACGCACUAAAAAACACACUCGAGUGUGGCCGUUCUUGCAAUGCAAAGGCAGCAUCAGUUGUCGGAGAAGUGCUGGCAAUGAGGCUCCGAGUAGAGGGUCUUGAACAUGGCCAAGGAAGAGGAAUCCAUGUCGAUGUUAAUAAAGAAAUCGAGAAAAAGGGUUUCAAAAAUCGAACCAAAAUAUGGGCUAUUGUAAAUGCCUUGAAAAGCAACGGAAUUAAGUUAAUUCUCGAAGAUGAGGAUAAUACUGGUCCAGAGUCCAGCUCUAGAUAUCGAGAAGGAGACGAAUUUAUUAAUACCAAAGAUUGACGUCGACGAGUUAUCUCGUUCUCAGGUAUUUUGCUUAAAAAUUUCUUCUUUUUCUUUUUUCGUAGUAAAAGUCGAAUUUUGAGAUAUUAUAUACAUGUUUUUCCUCUGCAUCGGAUGAUUAUGCAUUAUAGAUUUAUACACAAUCACGCACAUAUACACGUAUAUGUAUAUAUCAUAUAUUAUUAUACAUACAUAAUUAUACUACAUGCAUGCCUAUAGUAUAGGCACAGCUUUCUAAAACGUGUGCGAAAGUGGGUUAAUGCAAUUGGUGGCAUCAUUGUCACCACUGUGGUUAAUUAUUUCAGAG